CAGAAGUCACGUGCGCUGCUGCUGCUACUCGCUCACAGCACUGAAGCCAAGUGAAGGAAGCCCCCGGUCCGACCGUCCGCUCCUCCGAUGGGCGCCCUCCCCACGGCACGCUUCGUGGCGCUGAUAUUGGCCGUGCUGGGCGCCCGUCACCACCCCCUCGGCCUGUCCCUUGGCCACACUCACCCUCCGACCAUCAGGCGCCACUCGCCGUUGAAUUACAUCGUGGAGCCGCAGGACGACAUUGUGAUGGAGUGUGAGGCUGAAGGAAACCCAACGCCCAAGUUCCAGUGGAGUAAAGACGGCCGGCGCUUUGACCCCGACUGUGACCCCCACGUGAGGCAGCGUGGCAACGGCUCCGGCACGUUCACCGUGGACACGGCGUCCGUGGGCAGCGGCUACGCCGUGGAGGCCUACGAGGGGGUCUACCGCUGCGCGGCGGAGAACCGCGACGGCACGGCGCUGAGCGCCAACAUCACCGUGCGGCUGGCGCGUGUCCCGGUGUGGCCCCGCGAGAACCCGAUGCCCGUCACGGCCACGGAGGGCUCUCCGGCCGCGCUGCGCUGCCACCCUCCCCGCGGCUUCCCCCCUCCCGACGUCUUCUGGCUGGACGGCUCCAUGCAGAGAGUGCGGCUGGAUGCCCGAGUAUCCCAGGGCCUGCAAGGAGACCUCCACUUCGCCAACGCGCUCCGCGGAGAUGUGGACUACUACGUGUGCUGCACCCGCCACCCACGCAGCGGCAUCGUGCAGCAGAAGAAGCCGAUUCGUCUGAUCGUCAAAGCCGCUCAUCCCUCGAAGAGACGUCCGGUUUUCGUGGAGCCUGGGGGUGAGACAAGCAGCAGACUGGUGCUUCAGGGAGACACGCUACUGCUGGGCUGCAUCGUACAAGGGUUCCCCACGCCGCAUCUCCGCUGGGCCAAGGUGGGCGGGGAGCUCCCGAGUGGCCGAUUCACCUUCGGCGCCUUCAACCGGACGCUGGCGAUCCACCACGCGCUGGCGGCCCACGCCGGCGCCUACCAGUGCCACGCCGCCAACAGCGAGGGCAGCGCCCGGCACACCGUCACCGUCACCGUGGAAGCCAAGCCGUACUGGAUCACUCCGGAGCCAGAGGGGCGCUUCUACGCACCGUGGGACACGGUGAGGCUCGCCUGCCUCGCCGACGGAAUCCCCAAACCGCUCGUCCGCUGGUUCUUCAACGGCGUCCCCAUCAGCGAGGCCCCCGCGGUAGCCGGGCGGAGCGUGGACGGCGACUCCCUGACCCUGAGGCGGCUGCAGGAGGCCACCGGCGUGUACCAGUGCGAGGCCUCAAACCAACACGGCACCAUCCUGGCCAACGCCUACGUCAAAGUGCCGGCCGCACCUCCACAGCUGCUGUCGGAGCAGGACAGGCUGUACGAGGCGAGAGAGGGCUGGGAGGUGUACAUGGAGUGUGCCGUGUUGGCGUGGCCGCCAGCCGACAUCCUGUGCACCCCGGUGUAUCGUAGCACCCCGGUGUACCGUAGCACCCCGGUGUACCGUAGCACCCCGGUGUACCGUAGCACCCCGGUGUACCGUAGCACCCCGGUGUACCGUAGCCCCCGGUGUACCCACCCGGUGUAUCGUAGCACCCCGGUGUACCGUAGCACCCCGGUGUACCGUAGCACCCCGGUGUACCGUAGCACCCCGGUGUACCGUAGCACCCCGGUGUACCGUAGCACCCCGGUGUACCGCAGCACCGGUGUACCGUAG